AUGUCAACCACCGCCACCCAACCAACACUCCUCUCGAAGCCAAUCGGCCCUAUAGGGUACGGGCUCAUGGGUCUGACGUGGCGUCCGAACCCUCAGCCGGCAGAGGAAAGCUACAAGGCCAUGGAGACGGCGCUCAGCAAGGGUGCGAAUUUCUGGAACGGCGGCGAGAUCUACGGGAGUCCGCAGCGACACUCGUGCCACUUGCUCAAGGAGUAUUUCACGCUGCACCCGGAGCACGCGGACAAGGUGGUCCUCAGCAUCAAGGGCGGCUGCAAGCCCGGCACGAUCGAGCCGGACGGGUCGCGGGAGAACGUGCGGCGGUCGGUCGAGGACUGCCUCGAGAUCCUCGACGGGACCAAGAAGAUCGACAUCUUCGAGUGCGCGCGCGUCGACCCGGCGGUGCCCAUCGAGGACACGGUCGGCUACCUGGCCGAGCUCGUCCGCGAGGGCAAGAUCGGCGGCAUCGGCCUGUCCGAGGUCAAGGCCAGCACGAUCGAGCGCGCGCACGCCGUGCACCCGAUCGCCGUGGUCGAGGUCGAGGUCAGCCUCUUCGGCGCGCAGCAGAUCUUCGCCAACGGCGUCGCCAGGACGUGCGCGAGGUUGGGCAUCCCCAUCGUCGCCUACAGCCCGCUGGGCCGCGGCGCCCUGACGGGCCCCGGCGUGCGGAGGAACGCAGACAUCCCCGAGGGCGACUUUCGCAGGUUCAUGCCCCGGUUCCAGGACGACGUGCUCGAGCAGAACAACCGCCUCGUCGACGAGGUCGGGAGGUUGGCCGAGAAGAAGGGCGUGACGAGACCGCAGAUCGCCAUCGCCUGGGUGAGGCAGUUGAGUGGACGCACGGUCGAGCUCGACGGCAGCGGCGAAAAGGUGACGCUGGGGACCGUCAUUCCUAUUCCCGGCGCCACCAAGGUCGAGAGGGUCGAGGAGAACACAAAGCUCGUCGAGUUGACCGACGACGAAAUGGAGGAGAUUGCCCACAUUUUGAGAUCCAACCCCGUCCUCGGCGAUCGGUACCACAAGCACGGCAUGGCUUUGGUCGAUGGGUGA